AUGUCUCAUUCAGCAGACAAGUAUGAUGUUGUCACCAUUGGCGCUGGGCUUGUCGGACUUCUCGCCUCCUUACGCUUCUCCAAAUGGGGGUAUAAAAUCAAACAUAUUGACAAACGCCCAUUACCCACCAAGACCCGCCGUGCUGGCGGCAUUCAGCUUCAUUCAUUAGAACUACUACGAAAUCCGGGCUUAAAACGCAAGAUCAUGGCGCGCGAGCCCGCUAGGGCUUAUGAUGUUGCGUUCUGGAACCCCUUACCGGAUGAUACCCAUUCGCCCACAUUGUUACACCAAGGACAUAUUGAAAAGGGUUUCAUAAAGGAACUGACCAAGCACGGAACCACUGUCGACCGGCCGUGGACCGUUUUGGGGUUUAAGCACGAUGGGAAGAAUAAUUCGUCCCCUGUGGAAGUCACUCUCAGGGACCUCGAUACAAAUAUCGACCCGAUUUCUCAUGUUUGGGGUGUGAUUGAUGGAGUAGUACAAAUAGACUUCCCUGGUAUCAUGACAAAAUAUACCAUUCAGCCGGGUAGCGGUGCUGUGAUGAUUAUACCACGAGAAAGUAAUAUGGUUCCGUUAUGCGUCCAAAUUUCGUCCUCAACUGAUUCAGACUGGGAUCCACGGAAAACAGCAACAGUUUCAGAGAUCCAGCAGGCGGCCAAAAUGAUUUUGCAACCUUACCAUUUAGAAUGGGACAUGGUCGAGUGA